AUGGAAAAUACUAAUAGUUACUCCUACAAGUUACCAAGUUUGAUACUAGAGGAGAUUGGUGAGCUUCCAAAUAUGAAAGAGCUAGUACUUGUUGCUACCAACUUAAUGGGUGCCAUACCAACAUCAAUUUUUAAUAUCUCAUCACUUUUGUCAUUGUCGCUUUCGGAAAAUAACUUGUCAAGUAAUCUUCCAUCAAAUAUAGGGCUUUGGCUACCCAAUCUUCAUGGCCUCUUGCUUGUAGGAAAUAAACUCACUGGAAUUAUUCCCGAAUCAAUCUCAAAUGCUUCUAAACUCACUCUUUUAGACCUCAAUAGCAAUGCAUUUACAGACGACAUUCUUCCAACAACCAUUGGAAAUUUCUCUGCUUCCCUUGAGAACAUUCAGGCAGAUCAUUGUGGAAUCAGAGGCAACAUUCCUAAUGAAAUUGCGUUGGGAAAGCUUCAAAUAUUGGAUCUUUCCAACAACAGACUACAAGGGUCCAUUCCAGAUGAUAUAUGCCCACUCAAGAACAUGGGUGAUCUACGAUUGAACGAAAACGAACUUUUUGGAUUGAUUCCUGAAUGCUUAGGAAAUAUUACAUCUCUAAGAUAUCUAUAUCUCAAUUCCAACAAACUAGCUUUCGUCAUACCUACAAGGUUGGGCAAUCUCAAAGAUAUCUCGGAAAUUAACAUGUCCUCGAAUUCUUUAAAUGGCAAUCUACCACCACAACUUGGGAGUUUCAAAGUUGCAACACUAAUAGAUUUUUCAAUGAACCAAUUCACAGGCAAAAUCCCAAGUACAAUUAUAGGUUUACAAAACUUGGUUACUCUUUCAUUGGCGCACAAUAAGUUCCAAGGAUCUAUACCUGACUUAUUUGGCAGCAUGGUGAGCUUGGAAUUCUUAGAUCUAUCCUAUAAUGACCUCUCUGAUGUGAUCCCCAAGUCCUUAGAGACACUGUCUCAUCUUUCCUAUCUCAACGUUUCUUUCAAUAAGUUAAGAGGAGAAAUUCCAAAUGGGGUACCUUUUGCAAACUUCACCAUUCAACCUUUCAUGUUGAAUGAUGCAUUAUGCGAUGCACCAAAGUUUCAAGUCCCUGCGUGCCAUACUAGUUCCUUUCAUCAUCUGAGGAAAAAAAGAGUGGCUCUAGCUUUAUAUAUUUUGUUACAGAUUGCAUCCAUACUGCUUGCUACAACCUUUGUGUUCUUGUUUAUAAAAUGUCGAAGAUAUAAAUCUCUAUCCAAUGUUGAUCUCUUACCAACAAUAACACCUCCAAGAAUCACAUACCAACAGUUUUUCCGAGCAACUAACGGGUUUAGUGAGAGCAACUUGCUUGGUAUGGGGAGUUUUGGUUCUGUCUACAAAGCUAUCCUUGAAGAUACCACAGUUUUUGCUAUAAAGGUAUUCAACUUGCAAGUAGAAGGUGCAUUCAAGAGUUUUGACAUAGAAUGCGAGAUAAUGCGACACAUUCGUCAUCGCAAUCUUACUAAGGUCAUUAGCAGUUGCUCGAACCUUGAUUUCAAAGCUCUAGUACUUGAGUAUAUGCCUAAUGGGAGUCUUGAAAAGUGGUUGUAUUCUUACAACUAUUUCUUAGAUAUGUUGCAGAGAUUAGACAUAAUGAUAGAUGUUGCAUGUGCUUUGGAGUAUCUUCACCCUGAUUAUUCAAUGCCUUUGGUUCAUUGUGAUUUGAAACCCAACAACAUCCUACUAGAUGAUGAUUUUGUUGCACAUGUAAGUGAUUUUGGCAUUGCGAAGUUAUUAGAUUUUGGGGAGAAUGUCACACAUACAAAUACCAUAGCAACAUUUGGGUAUAUUGCACCAAAGUUUGGAUUGGAAGGAUUAGUAUCCACAAGCUGUGAUGUUUAUAGUUAUGGAAUCUUGCUUAUGGAAACAUUCACAAGACUGAAGCCUACAGAUGAAAUGUUUUUUGAAGACAUGACAAUGAAACGUUGGAUAAAUGAGUCACUACCAAAUGCAAUCUCUCAUGUUAUAGAUACUAACUUGCUUAAGCUAGAGGAAGAACACCUCACUGCAGUUGUACUGAGUUGGAUUUUAAUUUUUGAUAGAUUUAGUCAGCCAUAUGUAGAUGGGGUGAACUCAUUUAUUGAAUUUGCAAAGGUUCAUUUGGGUGAGGCUAGGGAGAUUAAGUGCCCAUGCAUCAAUUGUUGUAACUUUUAUAAGCAGGAGUAUGAUAUUGUGAAGGCUCAUUUGCUCAUAAGUGGGAUGAUAGUAUCAUACACCACUUGGUUAGAACAAGGUGAACUUCCAGAACACAAUAACCUUGAUGAAAGCAAUGGUGAGAAUGACGAGGAUGAAGAUGAAUAUGAUGAACUGAUAGAGGACCUUUUAUAG